AUUUUUCUGUAUGUGGCUGAACAUGUCUCUUUGAACUCUCCAAAGGAGCUUUCUUUGGCAAUUCGAUCAUAUCCGAGGAUGACAAUGACAUGGAUCGACAGACCUAGCAUAUAAGGAACCUUGAUGACGAUGACCCAUCAUCCUAAAAUAGCCAAGCUACUCGUUACAAUUACACCCCGCAAGACCAAGCAAUGGCAUCCCCCAACAAGCCCGUCGCCCUGAUCAUAGGCGCUUCGCGAGGCAUAGGCCGACAAAUCGCCAUCGACCUCGCGAAGAACAACUACACCGUAAUCAUCGCCGCCAAAUCCACCUCCACCACCACCAAUCCAGAACAAUUCCCCCCGGACCCCAACUCCCCCGCCUCAACCAUCACAACCGUCGCCCAGGAGAUCAACCUCCUCACCCCCAACACCGCCUACCCGAUCCCCGUCGACGUGCGCUUCCCGGCCCAGAUCGACGAUUUAGUUGCACAAACCCUCCGGAUAACCGGCGGCCGGCUGGACGUGGUGGUGUACAACUCGGGCGCGAUCUGGUGGUCGUCCGUGCGGAACACCCCCGUCAAGCGGUUCCGGCUGAUGCAGCAGGUCAACCCGGAGGGGCUGUAUGCGACCGUGCAGGCGGUGCUGCCGGUGUUCGAGCGGAAUGGCAACCGCGGCCGCAUUGUGGUGGUCUCGCCGCCGGUGUAUUCGCGGUUCUUUAGGGGGAAGACCGGGUAUGCGAUUGGAAAGGUUGGGAUGAGUGUGUUGACGCGCGGGUUGGCGAUGGAUUUUGUGAGGGAGGGGAAGACGGAGAUGGCUGUUACGAGUAUUUGGCCUGCUGCGGCUGUUCAAUCGGCUGCUACGGAGAUGAAUCCCGCAGGGAACGAUGAAUCACGCUCGAAAGCCGAUCUUAGGAAACCGACUAUCUUCUCCGAUGCGAUCCUCGGGAUCUUGAAGGCUCCACCUCAUAUCGUCAAUGGUAUGCUCGCGCUGGAUGAGGACUUCCUGCGCGAUCACUGCGGUGUCACGGACUUCUCCAAAUACUCCGUCGUGCCGGGCACCAAUCCCCGGCGGAUGAUGCCGAAGAAGUUGCCGGUGCUGGAGGUGGAGGAGCAGGACGACGAGGGGAUGAGGAUGGAUAGUGCGAAGAGCAGGAGCACUGCAUCUAAACUAUGACCGUUUGCUUAUAACAGACGGAUUCGUUCAUACUCUCGCUCAAAUGUGUGGGCUUGAGAUUUGCAGUAUCCAAGGAGCUUUGAAGCCGAUAUUGGCUUACCAGCUGAGAGAACAGGAGAAUGGAGUUUGGAAGACUACAUCAGAGAUGUAAAGUGUUAAUGUCGGACUAGCACAUACAUACCUACAU